AAUAUACUCGUUACACUUAGAUCGUAGAACACGAUUAACACAUUUCCCAACUCUUUUCAAAUCUAACCUCAUAUACCUAUCGCUUUACCAACAACGGAAACUUUGGAAACUCUGGGAGGCUAAACUGUUUUCCCGUGUCUUGCCCACUCCAUUCCAUUCUCCAGUUAGUCUACAAGUCGAGUGGUUUAUACAGCGAGCCGUUCAUAAAAAUUGUAACUGCAAAAAAGAUGAAGCACUUAUUGUUGGUCUUUUCAAUUCUACAAUGUUUCGUGAUAUCUGUUUUCGCUCAAAAUUUGAUUUUCGAAGAAAAUUUCAAUGACUUCAAUCGCACCCGCUGGAUGCAUUUGAUCACCGCUUGGCGAGGUGGAAAUAGCGAGUUCCAGUAUUACACUAACCGCCCUGAAAAUAGUUAUGUCAAAAACGGAAUGCUGUUCAUUAAACCAACGCUGACUGCCGACCGUUUUGAUAACAAUUUUCUUUACUCCGGCACUCUCGAUUUGAAUAAAGAAGGUUGCAACCUUAACUUGGAUAACGGUUGCUCAGUAACCGCCGGUGCAGAAAUCAUCAAUCCAAUUCAAUCAGCGCGACUUGUAACAAGCAAUUCGUUCAGUUUUACAUAUGGAACGGUAGAGGUUCGCGCUAAAAUGCCCAACGGGGAUUGGAUUUGGCCAGCGAUUUGGAUGUUGCCAACUGACUCCGCCUACGGGAGCUGGCCACGUUCUGGUGAGAUUGACAUCGUCGAAAUUCGUGGAAAUGCUGAUUUGACUUGCAAUGAUGGACAAGGCAAAAUUGGAAACAGCAAAAUGUUUUCUACUCUUCACUGGGGUCCGGGUUUUUCCCAAAAUAUGUACCCUAAGACUUCAUGGCCAAAGUCUUUGACGGAUGGGAGUACCUUCUCGUCCGACUUCCAUGUCUACCGUCUUGAAUGGCUUUCUACUGGCUUUACAUUUAAGGUGGAUGGACAGGUAAUUGGUUCUAUGUCUCCCCCAGCCGGAGGAUUCUGGGAGUUCUCGGGACUGACUGGAACUAAUCCAUGGGCAUCAGGAACUAAAAUGGCUCCCUUCGACAAGAGAUUUCACUUCGUUCUUAAUGUUGCUGUUGGAGGUCAUUUCUUCCCCGAUGGCUGUGUAAAUGUCCCGUAUGACAAACCAUGGGCUAAAUCCAGUUCAACGCCAAUGCGCAAUUUCUGGGAGAAAAGAUGUCAAUGGUAUCCUACUUGGUACAAAACAUCACGUGAUGAUGCUGCCAUGCAAGUCGACUAUAUCAAAGUUUGGAGUGCUUAAUAUAUGGUUUCUUUGGGGGGGUUUUCUUUCUAGGUUGCCUUUCAUACGCGGAACUAGACUAAAAAUACAUAAACAUCUUAGCAGCAUGA